AUGGUCGGACAACAACAGCAAGCGAAACAGCCCUCUGCCAGUGCAGGCGGUGUGACCAAGCCCAAGCAGUUCACUUUCAAGGUGGUUCUCCUGGGCGAGUCUGCAGUGGGAAAGUCCAGCCUAGUGACACGGUUCGCACGCAAUCAUUUCGACCAAUACAAGGAAAGCACAAUCGGAGCAGCCUUCCUAACAAAGGAACGGUACAAGAGUCUUGCGCCGAUGUAUUACCGGAAUGCGGCAGCUGCCGUAGUGAGGGAAUCUUUUGGGAAGGCGAAGGCUUGGGUGCAGGAGUUGCAGAGACAGGCGGGAGCUGGGAUUGUCAUUGCGUUGGCCGGGAAUAAGGCAGAUUUGGCGGCGGAGAGGAGGGCUGUGGAUACCAAGGAGGGCGAGGCGUAUGCGGCGGCUGGUGGGCUUGGGGAGAAUGUAGAGAGGCUGUUUUUGGACCUCGCUAGGAAGGUUCCGAGAGUGGAGCCGGUGAGAAGCAGUGGCCCGCCGGCAGUGAACUUGGCGCCUGGACAGUCUGGGAAUACACAGAGCAGCGACUGCGCAUGCUGA